AGUGUCUCUGCCUUCUUUCCCCCCCUCCUUUCUCUCUCCUUUCUCCUUUGUUCUCACUCCGUGGGCGGGGUCUGUGUUCGCUUCGUCACCUACAUGUGUAAGUAGGUCGGAGAGGAGGCAUGGGAAAAGGGGGAAGCGGAAGAGGGGGACGGGGGGUGCUCGUCUGGGUUGACAAUGCCUGCCAAUCAGCCGGAGAGGAGGGGAGAAAACGGAACGAGGGCGAGACGGAAGGAGGGGGACAGGCCACUGCCCUGUCGGUCGUCCUGUUCGCCGGUCUGGCUCGAGGAACGGGCGGGUGGUUGAUUCUUCCCUCUUUCCCGGGAAGGAAGCUGCUUCGAGGGAGAAAGGGGGUGAAAAGGAGCCAGAUGAGUGGUCAGAAGAGGGAUAAAGAACGGAAAGUGGCGGAAUUUGGGACGGCGUCAGCGGAAAAGUCGGUGUUUCCCUUUUUAUAUUUUAUAUUUUUCCCUUUUUCUGUGGUCGUUUUCUUGCACCAGGGUUUUAGAGAGAGCGGAGUCAGCCCGCCUAGCCUGUCGACGCGACUGGACAUGUGUAAGUGAGAAGCAGGGAGGACAGGGGGUCUCUCGCCCUACCGUAUGCAAGCUUGAUGGGGCCAGGUCCGGGAACGGAGAGGUUAUUUGUUGACUCCUUUUCCUUUAUGCUUACCCUUUUUUUAUCUUGCUGUUGCUGUUGCUGUUUCCAAGAUACCUAAAGUAGUAGUUGUGCGUAUUUCUGCCCACGAGCCGGAGUUUUCCAUUUCUUCUCAUGGGCUUUUUGUGGCUUGCGGGAUGGAAGCAAGAACCGGCAAAGGAAAACAGGACUAUUUCUCCAGCAAUGGGGCCGCCGACGGGGCAUGAAGAAAAACCCACUUUUUACG